ACUUUUUGUUUACUUUAAAUUUCAGAAUAUCUGUUUCACUAUUUUGUAAAACUGUUUUCCUCUUGUCAUAGUCCACAUAUCAAACGCAAAUUAUUCCGUUUCGAUUAAUUAAUUUAUUUUGGAUGCGCUACACAUCCUUAUUAUCAAAGAAGGGAAAAGAAACAAAAGCGGCGUUAGAACUAAUAUAAAAAGGCAACUCCAUUAAUUGUAAAGUACGUAUUAUCUUUUAUAUAACCAAAGUUCUAAACAAAUAUUAAGUUUAAUAUUAAUAACUUUUUAGAUGCUGUUUAAUCCAUACAACGCGAUAAUGUUACUCUAUGCAACUUUUACUUAUUUGAAUUUUCCACAAAGUCCGACAACUUCGGAGGAAGUAGAAGUCAAAGAAAAAAUUCAACGUUUACUACUGGAAAUACAGGACGAAAAUGAAUUCGAAUUAGAAGAGGAAGAUACAUUAGAUUUUUACAAUACAUAUGAGGUCCCAGAAGCGGAAUCGGUUAACUUAUUCGAAGCAGAUAAUAGUAAAAUAUAUCUUCCGGAGGAAAUUAUCUGUAGUUCUGUGGAAGCAACUAUAUCGGAUGACUAUAAAAGACAUGCCGUGGAAUAUUGGAGAAGCGGUAUAACAGGACCAAGAUCACUUGAAAGAGUUAGAAGAAGGUUUAAAAAAGUUUCAUCAAUACGACAAUUGCGACGAUAGGAGAUCCAAAUUAGU